CGCCAAAUCGAGAAGGCAUGCGCUUGUUCCGCCGCUUGCUCGCUCCUCAUUUCCGCUACUACUGCGCCCGCACCAACAAGACCAGGCCUUUCGCCGACCUCGGUUUACCCCGCCAACCCUCCCAAGAUCCCACCUUUACACCGCAAAACCCUCCGCCCACAGUCUCCGAGGUCUGCAAUCUGAUCUCCCAGACCUACGAAGACGGCAACCAGAAACUCCGGUCCCUGCAUGUCGACCUCACCGAUGAGCAGGCGGUGGCCGCCGUUGCCCUCCUCGCGGAGACGGAGGGAUCCAUGGUGGCUUUCAGCUUCUUCCGCUGGGCGGUCGCCCGGCCCCAGUUCAGGCAUUUCUUGCGGUUCUACGUCACGGCCGCGUGCUCCUUGGUCGACCUCGGUAACUUGGAGAAGGCGCAGGAGGUCAUGAGCUGCAUGGCUGUGAGUUUUUCCGAGGUUGGCAGGCUGAAGGAGGCCGUCGACAUGGUUUUCGAGAUGCGCAGCCAGGGGCUGCCCAUCAGCAUCCACACCAUGAAUUUGGUUCUUAGGGUGGCGGUUGGUUCGGGCUUGAUUGAAUAUGCGGAGCAGCUGUUUGCUGAAAUGCCGGCGAAUGGAACGUAUCCCAAUUCGUGCAGUUUCAAGACGAUGAUCGCCGCUUAUUGCAGGCAGGGCCGCGUUUCUGAUGUGGAGAGGCUAUUGAGGACGGUGGAGGAGAGAGGUCAUGGAAUCGAUAACGUUACAUGCACGCUGGUGGUGGAUGCAUUUUGCAAGAAGGGUUGUGUCAGUUGGGUCUUCAGGUUCUUCCGCAAGAUGCUGGAGAUCGGUCUGGCUCCGAAUGUGAUCAAUUACACGACUCUGAUUGAUGCGCUGUGCAAGAGGGGCAGUGUGAAGCAGGGAUUUCAGGUGCUUGAGGAAAUGGUGGGGAGGGGGUUAAAGCCAAAUGUUUAUACACACACAGCCUUGAUUGAUGGGCUUUGCAAGAUUGGAUGGACUGAUCGGGCUUUCAGGUUGUUCCUGAAGCUUGUGCGGAGCAACUCAUACAAGCCGAAUGUUUGCACUUACACAGCCAUGAUCAGAGGUUACUGCAAGGAGAGCAAGCUUAAUCGGGCAGAAAUGUUGCUGACGAGAAUGCGGGAGCAGGGUUUGACACCCAACACCAACACCUAUACCACUCUGAUUGAUGGACACUGUAAAGCUGGGAAUCUGGAGCGGGCUUAUGAAUUGAAGGAUCAAAUGACCAGUGACAGUUGUCUUCCAAAUAUUUGCACAUAUAAUGCUGUUAUCCAUGGGCUCUGCAAAAAGGGAAGGAUUCAAGAGGCUUAUAGAUUGCUUCAAGAGGCUUCAAACAAGGGGUUGCAGAUGGAUAAAUUUACAUAUACUAUUCUUAUAAGUGAGCAUUGCAAGCGAGACCACUCUUCUCGAGCUAUGGAAUUAUUCAAUGAGAUGGUUGACGCAGGCUGCCAUCCAGAUAUUCACACAUAUACCACCUUAAUUGCUGCAUUUUGCAAGCAAAGGAACAUGGUAGAGAGCGAGAGGUUGUUUGAAAGAUGUCUCAAGUUAGAGUUAGUUCCUACGAAACAAACAUAUACAUCGAUGAUCGGUGGGUAUUGUAGGGUUGGAAAAGUAACUUCUGCUUUGAGGGUUUUUGAGAAGAUGAUCCAGCAUGGAUGUUCAGCUGAUGCAAUAACAUAUGGUGCUUUGGUCAGUGGUCUCUGCAAAGAGUCUAGGCUGGAUGAGGCAAGGGCAUUAUAUGAGGCCAUGUUAGACAAAGGUCUGGUUCCCUGUGAAGUUAGUCGCAUUACAUUGGCUUAUGAAUAUUGCAAGAGGCAAAAAUCAAACGUUGCUUUAUCAGUAUUGGAGAGGCUAGACAAAAAACAAUGGACUCGCACAGCCAAUAUCUUAGUUAGGAAGCUCGGCUUUGAGGGACACGUAGAUGCAGCAGGCAUGUUCAUCAACAAAUUGUUGGAUGAAGAUCACAGCAUUGACCGCAUAACCUACGCUGCAUUUAUAAAUGCAUGCUAUGAGAACAAUAGGUAUUCGACUGCAUCAGAACUUUCUGAGAGGAUUUCAAAGGGAGCACUUAGCUUUGUUAAGGACAACAGCACCAUAACUUAAGCAGGACAUAAUACUUGAGCAACAAGUUGAAAAGAUUGCCUAUAUUCCUCAGAAAGCUCAAUGCGAUGGUUGGCAAAUUCUGUCCGAUGAGUCAAAGAGAAAUGUCAGCAAGUUUCUGAUAUUUAAAUAAUCAACAGCUCGUGUAGAUUGGUAUUCAUGUUCUAAGUGGUGCAUGCACUUCUUGUGAUGAAAACCAUUCCAUGACAGAAUCUCACUGGGACAGGGCAUGGUUAAGGCUAUUUUUGUGAUUCACCAACUUUGUAUAAGUGCAAAUGCAAUUAAGGUUGGGAUUCUGGCAGAUCGGCACAUAUGCUGUUGGGUAUGUAAAGUGGAAUGUGGUUCUCUUUCCGGCAAAAUGGUUUAGUGGUCUCUGCAGGUUUUGAAAGAUUAGCUCGUCAGUUUAAUUUUGUGCAUUGCAAUCUACCUGAACUUUACAAACCUUGGGAUAUACAUAUAUAUGAUGUGGCAGAUGACACAUCAAUGUCUCUCCACCUCAGUUGUGGCAGAUGACACAUCUCCCAAAACCAGAAACUGGAUGCUGUUGGAUUAGCAAAUAGGGAUCACAAUCUGUUAUCCAUGUGCAAAAGAGGGGUCACACUAGUUUCAUUAUAUGUUGGUGAUGGCGUGAUAUCCAAUAAGAAGCUCGAUAUUUGAGGCUUCCAUGGUUUAUGUGGCAUCCACAUAGAUGAUACAUGAGCAUCAUAUGAGUUGCAUUUUUUUUAGCAGAAUUAUUGUCUCUGGUGCAAUCUGUGGUUGUAGAGCAACUUUGCUGCGAUUGGUGUUCCAAGAUUUGGUGGACAUAAGCUGUUUUCCAAGCUUUUGGCAACGAGAGCCUCAAAUCACUUUUGCAGUCCAAUCCUUAUAUACAUUCCAAAGAUGUCACUGCAGAUAGUGGACUUGUCAUUGUUGCGAAUGUUGACCGUG